AUGGAGCAUGACCUUCUAGACGCAGGCAACAGCAUGUGCUGGACCACUGCACAGGGCUGGAUACUCGCCCAGGACCGUGGCACGACGUCUUCUUCGGCUUGUCUAUGGAACCCUAGCACCGGCACCAAGCUACCCUUGCCAGAUCUCGGAGAGGAACACCAGAUCCCAUACCAAUGCAGAUGCCUGCUCUCCCACAAGGACCCAACUCACCCAGGAUGUGUUGUAGUGCUCUUCAAUAACACCGCGCCUGAUCUCUGGUACUGCCACACCACCGGCGAUGGCGACAACAGCAGCAGGAGGUGGAGACAUUACUCAUAUGACAUCGGUAACCAUCCUUCUAUACCAGAGCCACCGAAGGGGAAAAAGGCACGCCUCCGUUGCCGUCGCCGUCCUACCAAGAAGAUGAUCACCUUCAUGGCUUCCGUACAAGGAAAAAUCUACUUCACCAAUUUGACUAAAGGCAUGUGCGCCAUGGAUUUCUCAUCCUGCAAUUCCACAACAAAUCAUCAAAACCACCCUACAUUCCAAAAAUUCAAUGUCCCUUUGGCCCGUCUCCCUAAAGGAUUGUCCAUUGGUAGACACUGGUUGGUUGAGUCGCAGGAUCAACUCUUUUUAGUCACCACCUGCUUCAUUGGCUUUGAUCUAAACAACAUUGGCACCGUAGAGGUGCAUAGGAUGGAUUUCUCCUCAACACAAGCUUGUUGGCGCAGUGUGCAUGACAUUGGAGAUGUUGUGUUUCUCUUGGAGGGUACAAACAUGGCGGCUUCUUGCUCGGCAAGCGCUCUGGGACUGAAAGCAAUCCAGAUAUUCUUUAUGAAGAAUUUCAUGGAUGAUGAUGCUGAUUUGUGCAUUUUUGACUUAGAAACAAACACCCAAGAGAUUACCCGAGUCCACCAUCAUGACAACUUGAUUCUCUGGCGCAAACCUUUCUGGAUUGUGCCACCUAGCUAG